GUCGCAGUUAUUAGUUCCCCUGUGUAAGAGAAAGCUCAGUGUUGGAAGGGAGUCCACGUUUCUUGCAUCAUGGCAAACGAAUUAGAAUCGAAUAUGAAUGAGUUGAACCUAAAGGAUAAAGACGAAGCAGAAGAAGAUGAAAACGAUGUGGUUAAUCCAUGGAAUGUUGUCAGCAAGUCAGCCAAAGGCGUUGACUACGAUAAACUCAUCACGAGAUUUGGCUGCAGUCCUCUUGACCAAAACCUACUUGAUCGCAUGGAAAAGAUUAUUGGUCAGCCUCUACAUCAUUUCCUGAGAAGAGGUAUCUUUUUUGCACACAGGGAAUUGAAUGUUAUUUUAGACAUGUACGAGAAAGGCACACCUUUUUACCUAUACACAGGACGGGGCCCAUCUUCAAUGGCCAUGCAUGUAGGUCACUUGAUUCCUUUCAUUAUAACCAAAUGGUUGCAGGACGUUUUUGAUGUUCCUCUCGUCAUCCAGCUGACGGAUGAUGAAAAGUUUCUGUGGAAGGAUUUCUCUGUCGAGGAAGCAAGUCGAUUGGCACACGAAAAUACUAAGGACAUCAUCGCCAUGGGUUUCGACCCCGAGAAAACAUUUAUAUUCUCCGAUUUUGAGCACAUGGGACAAAGUGAGAUCUUUUAUCGGACAGUCGUCAACAUUCAGAAAUUAGUUACUUUCAAUCAGGUGAAAGGAAUCUUUGGCUUCAAUGACAGUGAUUGCAUUGGUAAAAUUGCUUUCCCUGCGGUUCAGGCAGCGCCAUCUUUUAGCUGUGCCUUCCCAAAAAUCUUUAACAAGAAGAGUAUUCCCUGCCUUAUUCCUUGUGCUAUUGACCAGGACCCUUAUUUUAGAAUGACACGGGACGUAGCCCCUCGUAUGAGUGUUCUGAAGCCAUCGACCAUGUAUUCAACAUUUUUCCCGGCUCUGCAAGGCUCUCAGAGCAAGAUGAGUGCAAGUGAUGCCACCUCAUCGAUUUUCUUGACGGACACCAAUGCACAGAUCAAGAACAAGAUCAAUAAAUAUGCAUUCUCAGGAGGUGGUGCCACUGUUGAAGAACACAAAGCGAAUGGUGGCAACUGCGAUGUUGACGUUUCUUACCAAUACCUACGAUUUUUUCUGGAAGAUGAUGACAGGUUGGAGCAAAUCCGUAAGGACUACACCAGCGGAGAAUUACUUACUGGUUAUCUUAAAAAGGAACUGAUUGGGAUUCUGCAGAAGGUAGUGACCGAGCACCGUGAGCGAAGAGCCAAAGUGACCGAUGAGGUCAUCAAGCAAUUUACUACUCCACGGAAACUAAAAUAUGAUUAUUAAAAUAAAGAAAUUGCAAGUUCAA